CUGCUGGAACGACACAACAAGAUACUGCAGGAGACCGUCACUAAAGAGGCCGAACUCAGAGAGCGACUCCUGUCUCUCCAGGCGGAGAGUAUGUCGCUGAGGACAGAGCUUGCCCAGACGGUGGGUCAACUUACCUCCCAGGCCGACGCCCAACGCUCAGGGUUCCGGGAGCAGAUCCGCCACCUUCAGGACGAACACAGAACUACAGUAGAGACCCUGCAGAACCAGAUGACCCGGCUGGAGAACCAACUAUUCACAUUGCAGAGCCAGACCGCUCCAGUCCAGACCAGUCGUAAGCCAGUGGUGGACCGCCGGACUGUGGACCAGGGGGCGAUGGGAGGGCUGGGCCUGGGCCUCAGUGACCAGUUCGACCUCUCAGGUCCCCACUGGCUAACGGUGGAGCGACCUAAAGAGAGCAAAUUCAUCACCACGUCAGCACACGUUACCACGGCCACCAAACCUCACACGCGCUAUGGCCAACACGGGCUCCGCCGACUGAACACUCGCCACUCACCUGCCGACUGA